AUGAACGCCAUCAUCGAAAUCGAACAUUUCCAACAAAACGUCAAUGACGCUGUCAAGAGAUUUGAAAGCAAGAACAUGAAAUACACUUCCGAUGACAAGAUGUUAACUGAAAAGGAAUUCAACAUCACAAAGGCUCCUAUCCAUAGCCUUCUCAACAAGAUCUCUACUGGUCACUGGACUGCCACUGAAACAUUGAUCGCUUUUGUCAAGAGAGCCAUCAUUAAUCAGGAAAUCACUUCUAUCACAUAUGGCAUUGAACAGGCUAUCUACCGUGCACAAUACUUGGACAAGUAUCACAGAAAGAACGGUACGACAAUGGGUCCAUUGCACGGAUUGCCAAUUGCCAGAUCCCAGAUGGAAUCCUUCUACGAAAUGUACGGUGGAAUUACUUCUGAUUGGGGUAAUGUCACUGUUGAUAGCUUAAACCUUGCCGUUUCAUUAGAAGACCACACGUCGAGCAAGUCUAGCCUCAGAUCAGGAAGAACUAUGGUUCACACCAACUUUGCCAGCAGAGAACUCCGUCCUCAAUUCAAGAUCUAG